CAGAUCCGCACUCUCCGCAGCCGAAGAAGACACGAGCGGAGCGGCGCUGGACGGAGCGAUGGCGGCCUCCAAGGUGAAGCAGGACAUGCCUCCCACCGGAGGAUACGGGCCCGUAACCUGCCCAGCGAAACCGGUAAACGUGCCCAGGACUGGACUGCUGCUGAGUGGGUACAGUAUGUUCGGCGUGGGCGUGGGGCUCCUGGUGUUUGGAUACUGGAGGCUCUUCCGCUGGAACCGCGAGCGCAGACGUCUGCACAUCGAGGAGCUGGAGGCGCGCGUGGCGUUACUGCCGCUGCUGCAGGCCGAGCACGACCGCCGGACGCUGAGGAUGCUGCGAGAGAAUCUGGAGGAAGAGGCUGUGAUCAUGAGAGAUGUUCCUGACUGGAAGGUGGGUGAGAGUGUGUUCCACACGGAUCGGUGGGUGUCUCCGCUCACAGAGGAGCUGUUUAACCUGCGGCCGCGCGAGGAGAUGCUGCGCAAGAAGUUCGGCUUCCUGUGGUACGUGUGACUCCAGCUAUCCCAGCAUGCCCUUCUGCAGCGUUUCCAGCCUUAGCCGUGUUUUGCUGUGUUCACAUUGUAAAUGUUCCCAUAUUAAAUAUGAUUUCUCUUCCUCUCAAA